CCGGCCCGGCCCGGCCCGCCCCUGCGCUCCCCACGGGGGGAGGCUGGAGCGGCAGAAGGGGCGGGCCGGCCCGCCCGCUGCCGUUUUCUGCGGGAGCGGUGCCGGAGGGUAGAGCGGAGCUGCGGCAGCUGGGACGCUAGUGGAGUUCAGAGCGCUUUGGUUACACCAGCGCCGCUGAGUGCUCAAAGUGUAGGUACUGCAAGCUUCUUGAAAACUACACGUUUCAUAGAAUAUCUACAGCAGCUGUGAAGCAAAUUAAAUUCUGGUGAAGCUUUUGAAGCACCUUGCAGCUUCUUCCUUUCACACAAACAUUUUUGUUGUUAUAGAAAAGACUCUUAAGCAUGCUUGCCUGAUUGAGUAAAGAUGGAGCUGCCUGGUCUUGCUUUUGCUGUUUGGAUGUUUAUUUGCUUCUGUGCAUCUGUGGAUGGCUAUCCGAAUGGAAAAGUAAGAGAAGCCUGCACUAGCAUGAUACCUUGUCAUGGUGGCUCUCCACAACUGUCACCUGAGCACACAAUUACAGUGGAUGAGACCAAAUUUAAACCAGGGGACAACAUAGAAGUUCAUCUGUCUGGGCCAGAAUUUGAAGGAUUUUUCAUACAAGCCCGGGAUGCAGAUCACCUGGAUAGCCCUGCAGUUGGUUCUUUUGUGUUAGCUGACCGGAGACUUUCUCAGCUUCUGACAUGUGGUCGUACCAAGAAUUCAGCUGUCAGUCACACAAGUAAAGCAAAAAAGAAAUACAUAAAAGUUUAUUGGAUUGCUCCUGGAGAUGCACCAAAACGUGUACAGUUUCUAGCCACAGUUGUGAAGAAAUACAGGACUUUCUGGGUGAAGAUUCCUGGUCCCAUUGUUUCUCAGCCUAAUGCACCAACCCCAACAACACCCUGGGGUGCAACAUCAGAGGCUGUAUUAACUUCACACCCUGUUUCCUACUUAUCAAAGCCAUUUAAUACAUCUGAUUGUGGAAGUAUGAAGUUCUGCAUUAGGAACCCUUCAAACUGUGAUCCUGAAAGUGCUUCCUGUUUUUUUCUGUCCUUCCAACAAGAGAAGAGUUCAGUACUUAUUGAAAUGAGUGGUCCAAGUGAAGGAUAUUUAGCAUUUGCAUUGUCUCAUGACCAGUGGAUGGGUGGUGACGAUGCGUAUGUGUGUGUUAGUGAGGACCACCAUGUACAUGUAAGCACUGCCUAUUUGAAGGGGCGAAGUCCUCCUGUUCUGGAUUCAGAGAAUACCCUUGAAGAUGUAUCAUGGAGACUUGUGGAUGGUGUUCUUCAAUGCUCUUUCAGAAGGAGUACUCGUCUUCCUGCUUAUAAAGGGAGAUUUGAUCUGGAUGCGAGCUACUACAUCUUUAUGGCAGAUGGGGAAGCUAGUGGUGGUGGACUAAUACAUAAACAUCGUCGUCAGCCUCUGAUCACUAGUGGAAUGUACAAUGUCACAGGCCUUCCUCAGGAUAUUGGAGGUUCCCGGUCUCCACGACUUAUCAAAGCUCAUGGAGCACUAAUGUUUGUUGCUUGGGUUACCACAGUUAGUAUUGGUGUUAUUGUUGCAAGAUUCUUCAAACCUGUCUGGUCUCAUUCAUUUCUGUUUGGAAAGGAGAUGUGGUUUCAGGUGCAUCGUAUGCUUAUGUUGACCGCAGUCAUGCUUACAAGCAUUUCUUUUGUGCUGCCUUUCAUAUACCGAGGAGGUUGGAGCCAUCAAGCAGGUUUUCAUCCCUAUCUGGGCUGUACUGUGAUGGCUCUGACAAUCUUUCAACCACUGAUGGCAGGCUUCAGACCAUCUCGUCAUGCACCAAGGAGGCACUUGUUUAACUGGUUUCACUGGAGUAUUGGUACAACAGCUAGAAUACUAGCUGUGGUGACUAUGUUCUUGGGAAUGGAUCUACCAGCACUUGACCUACCAGACCCAUGGGACACCUAUACAAUGAUAGCUUUUGUAGCCUGGCAUGUUGGUAUUGAUGUUCUUCUGGAAAUACACAGCUACUGUCUCAUACGUAAAGUUGAAGUGAUAGAGGAUGACAGAGUACAGAUACUGCAGUCACUCACGUCUGCAGAAGCAGAGGGUCGUCUGUUUAAACAGAUUGUGUUAACCAUCUAUGUCUGUGGAAAUAUAGUAUUCCUCAUUGCCUUCCUGGCAGCAAUCAACGAAAUAUGAAAUCAGUAAUUGUGAAUUUUGUGAUGAAAUAUUGUGUAUUUGAAACACGUGCAAGGAACGCUUUUUUCUCUGAAAAUGUAAUUGAAGAAUAAUAGCAUAUGUGCAUCAUGGUCAGUGUUAUGGAGAACUUGAAUUUAAACCUAUAGAGGAUGCUGCAGCCUGCAAAAGUUGUGUUCUGAUGUGACUUUUAAUGGGGAAGCCUUUGCCUGAGUGAGGAAUGAAGUCUCUGGUUUGUUUUAAGCACAAUAAUUAACUUGAUUGAAGCUUACAGGUUAAGAUGACUGAGAUGAUGUGCUGAAAAUGCAAUUUUCAUGGUCUGUUCCCUAAACCUUUUGUGAAUAUUACUGGGAAAACUGGGAAGAUUGAUUCUGACAACUUCCUGCUCGUGACAGUUUUCUACAUUAAAAGAAACAAACAAGCCCAAAUGACCUUUAGUGUAGUAAAAAACUGUCACAAAUGCAGGUUGAUGCAUGAGCUAAAUGCCGUUGUCUAUUUUUGCAGUUAAAUGCAAAAAUUAUUCUCUCUGCUCUAAGAGCAGUGCACUUACACAAGCAUAUGGGUUUGGGAACUUCAGUCCUAUAGUAAAACCACCAUUUGCCUCAUUCAAAGUACUGUUGUGUCCCAUCCCCUUCAGUGCUUCUAAACCAUACGGAGAAAAUGCGUUUGAAAUGUAAGUGCAUUAAACCCGGUUGUUUUUCUCUAAAACUCAAACAGGAAGAACCCAUCUGUGUGUGUGGAUUUCUGCGUUUUGCUGUCUUUGGUUGCUUAUGCCUUCUGAAUUUUCUGUGUGAACAGGAUGGGCUUAUGCUACUUGAUGCUUAAAUAGAAGUGAAAAUAUUUGCUCAGGAAUGUUGCAUUUGUAUUUGCACUAUUGAGCAAAAUAUAGAUAAGGAUUUGGUUAAAAUUCAGGAGAAGCUGCUUUGGUUAGUAUUAAGUGGGAGUACUUUGAGCUAGCACAUCUGGGAGACAGAACUGUCUCUAUAGGAAGGUGGAAGUGUUUGUUUUUCUUGGUUAACAAAACAUUUAUCUAAAUACAUGAACUGGGUGUGGAGAAUGGAGAGACACUAUAUUGUUUAACUUUUUUGAUUCGUGAUUUGCCUGCGUAUGGAAGGACAGUCAGUCUUGAAAUGGCAUCUCAGAAAUGUACAUUUAAUAUGCCAUACAAUACAGUGCUUUGCACUUGUUUUUGCAGCUUUGAACAGUAUGCUUCCACAUGUCUUCAUUUUGAUACUGGAAAGCAUUGAUUUUUAGUCAUAAGGUUUCAAAAUAUCUUCAGCCUGGGGCUACUAAGGUAGCUGGGAAUAAAGAUGUUGGAGUAUCGCAUAGAUAGUGAAUAGUGAGGGCUGGCUUGGUAUAGACCACUACAGCAACAUCUCUCUACUACCCAAUGGCCAGCCCUGUAAUACUGGUAUGUGUGGGUCAGGCAGUGGUUCUUUCAGUUUGCUAAAUCUGUCUGUUUCUGUCUCUUCCAUCUCCUCAAAUCCACAGUAAGACUUCUUGCUGGGAUGAGUCAUAUUCAGAAAGCUACAAGUUUGUUUGUGUUCUUCUUUUUGGCUGCUCAAGUAACUGGUUCAGCCAUAAGGGCAUUUAUAGAGCUGGGAUUAAUCUCUUCGUCGGCAGCAGACUGCAAGUGAGUCUAAGUUGAAUCAUCCCCAUUCUUCCUGGAAUCUGGGAAGGGGGGACUACAAAUGAAAUAGGCAAAAAACCAGGCUGAAAGGAAAGAACUGAGUGGCUAAUUGUGUGGGUUUGUGUUUUGUGGAGUUGUUCUUUUAUUUUUUGUGGGGUGUGUGUGAGGGUUUGUUUUUGUGUUUUGUUUUGUUUGAGAACUCUGAUUUCAAAAGCCUGGGAAUCAACAGGGCCCAUCUAGUGAUAAAGUUUUAGGGGACUCUUGUGCAUAACGUGAGUUUAUAGAAUAAAUUCUUUUAACAUAAGCACAAUUGAUGGCUUUUAAUUUGAAAGUCAAUGCCAGAUUCUUUCUGUAAUACAAUAGCUAUACUGUGUUGUUUCAUUUGCAUGUGACAAUGAACACAGGAGUUUUUAAAACAUGGAUGUGUAUAUAUAUAUUAAUAAAUUUUGUCUCUUUUAGUAAGGUGAAAACACUAUCAAAUAGAAACUAGAGAAGAAUAGACUUGCCUAGUAGCAAAAUGGAUUGUCUGUUUUCUUUGUAGAUGUUGUUUUAUAAAUUAAAGCAAUAUAAAUACUUCCUGGAGAAACUAUUAUUGAAAUGGAAUGUUAAAAUAGUUUUUCUGUAAUGCAGAUUUUCCUCAAGAAGAAAAAGAAAACCUUGUUUAACAUCUAAUACAGCUUUAAAGUUGGCAAAAUCGUCAGUUACUCUUUGGAUAACUUGUUCCUUCCCAGUGGUAGCAGUAUUGCAUAGUUUCUUCUGUAAGGCCUUAUGUGUGGUGUUGUAACUAAUUUGAUGGAAAGACUUGUUAAUUUUGUGUGAUGUUUGUUCGUGCCAUGACUCCUGCCCUCUUCUUUCAUGACUAGUAAGAGGAAGCAAUGUGUCAUUGUAUUCUUGUGACUUCCAAAAUUACUGGUAUACUCCUUUGGCGGGGGAAAAAAAGAGUCCGUGGAAGUGUGUGAUAUCAGCAGGAAGAUUGUGACAAGCGGUUUGAUUCUAGAGACAAUGGUGGCUGCUGUAUAUUUUCUUGAAUGGUAAAGUACUAUACAGAAGAAAACUCCCAUUGCUUUGCUUCAUAAAGGAAUCUUGCUGAAGUCAAGAAAACUUUUCCACAAAAAGAAAUCAAGAAGGUUUCAGUGUUCUCUUUUACUCUCAGAUUAAACUUGUGGUGACAAAUCAA